AUUCGAAUUUUCAUCAUGUUUAUGAAGAAAGCAGAUCGCAUUGCAAUUUACCAAGUGCUCUUCCAUUCGGGAGUAAUGUUUGCAGAGCGCUCACCUCAGAUGAUGCACACGGACAAGGAGCUGAAGCACCUGACCAACUUGCAGGUAACCAAGACGAUGAAAUCACUCAAGUCGAGUGGUUACGUCACGGAGCAGACGGCCUGGCGCCACCAUUACUGGUGUUUGAACAACGAGGGCAUCGAGUUUCUCCGGGCGUACCUCCACCAGCCGGCAGAGGCGAUGCCCAUCACUCUGCAGCGACGCACUGUCCCAGUUCGCAUGCCGCGCACCUCCGACGAUCCUCGCUUCCGGGAUGGUCCACGUGAUGGCAAGGAGCGCGAUGAUCGCUCCACCUACCGUCGCUCUAACCCACCAACCGGCAGGGAGCUCGAUAAGACAGGCAAUGUGGGAGCAGGCAGUGCCAAUAUGGAGUUCCGUGGCGGUUUCGGACGAGGCAAAAAGGAUUACUGAGGAUGCCUUUAUUGGAAGACUUCUUCGCUUAAUCCUUCUAUAGUUUGAAUGUUGUGUUUGAUUGUCUGAGUUAACUCAAUAAAGCACUUAAUUACUUAUCCA